AUGCAGCACUCCACCGUACUGCUCCUCUUCUUAUUCUGCCUCCUGUCGUCCCUGGGCCAGGUAUGCAGUGCCCAAAAUGGGGGUAUUGAGAUCACCCCCAUAUUCGAGGGCCCGGCAUGGGAUGCCGAUAAAGAGCACGUCGUGCGUCAAGCGCUUGCAGAUGCGGUACUCCUUGCCAAUGCGGCUUUUGACGACAGCGAUAAUCUCCUUUCGAAAACUGGCAGCAACAACAAAAUCAUAAACUUCAAGACUGAAGCCGCAAUCGAAUAUUGGGGUCCGCCCAGCAAGACCCUUGGACUUCGACAGCGUAUUUACGAUACCUUUUACCGCGCCACCCAAGCGGGAUGGGGUCGGGGCUGGGCCGACUGGUGGUACGAGCGCUACCUUGAAAUGCACCGUGAUGAAAAAGCGGUCCAAUGUAAGGGAGUUGAUACUGCAUACUGGUGGCCCCCGACACAGGGCGAUAGUAGCAGAAAAUACGACGCCAUCAUUUGGUGUGACACAUUCUUCACCGUCCUCGAUGAUCACACAACGGUAGAGAAGCGGAUACUGGCGGAUACGACUGGCAAGUUUGAGCUCAAUACAAGGAAUAUGCGAAGCACAGGCCGCGACACCACGCAAAUGAUCGGCGAUACCACGCCCAUCCCGUCGUAUAAGACCGGUCUUGCGAAGCUUCUAGCGGCGAGGGACGUCCAAAGCGCUGCACAAAACAACGAUAACUACGUUUAUUUCGCUGUCUCACGGUACAUGCAAAAGAAGUUUGGGGUAUACCCACCCUAUCCACGCAUGUGGAGUGUGAGUAGAACGAUAAAAGAGAAUUGGGCGGUUGAAGACAUGGAACCGGGAGCCCCUGGCCGCAUUUAUUUGGUGCUUGACUGGAAAGAAGAUUCUCAUUACGACCGCUUUAGCGAAAAGACAGUCUCGGAUGCGCCUUACAUGAUGUCGAUCUACCCAGAAUGGUACCCGCCCAUCAGCUGGCCGGUGGACGAAUCGGCAAUCCCGUCUGCACUGGCCUUCUCCCACCCCAAUAUAGACGACGUUGUAUGCCAGACGACCACCGAGUCCGCGCACUACAGCGAUUGUGUGUCCGCCUUUUCAACGCUAGAAGGUCUCGAUCGAAAUGCGGUGAAGGCCCAACACAAGAACAGCGGCGAUAGGUGGUGGGCGAGCGUGGCCUCGACAUGUGCGGUUCAAGUCCACUAUAAGGGCGACUGGUCGAAGUGUGAGGCUACGCUCUCGGAUAUCUGGGCCCACGCCAAAGAUGUUUUCGAGGGGUGCCGUGGCGCCGGAACGAUGGGUGGUUACGUUCCGUUUGGUGUGCCGAAUUGUCCUGCGACGAUCGAUAUCGUGUCUAGCAGUCAGUGGAGCAACCCAAAUCAGGUUUAG